AUGAGCUCGUCACAAGAUUACAACAACAACAACAAUAAUGCCCCGGCUAGGGUUUCCAGCAGAAAGGGGAAAAACUUGCAUGUGGCACAUAGACGUUCUCCAUCCGAAUUAACCAACUUGAUGGUUGAGCAAUAUAACUUGCAACGUCAAUUGGAAGAAGUGCAAGCUCAACAGAAGCUUUUAGAGGAGAAACAAAAACAGCAACAACAGCAAUUCACAUACCCUUUAGCUCAAGGGAGCUCAGAAUUGGCCCCACCUCCAAUAUCUUCUGGGUAUGGAGGUAAUAGAUCGUCUCACUCAAGAUCCUCGUCCAUCAACACCCAUAGACGUACUGGCUCUGGGUCGGGAGGAACUGCUCAUGGACAUUCAAGAAGACACUCGUUGGGGUUGAAUGAAGCAAUUAAGGCAGCAGCAAAUCAAAAACAAAGCAACAGAAACAGUUUAAGCCCAACAAUUCCCAGUGAAGUCAAGGUUGACCUGUCUGACGACAUUGGGUCUUUUAAAUUUCCACCAUCUAGUGGUGAUCAAGGAGAUAGCUCUGGUCAAUCAUCAUCACACAAUCGUUCAAGAUCAUUAGCAUAUGGGCAACAAUCUUUCAAGUUCCCACCAACACCAGAUCAAUCAAACGAUAACAGGGGUAAUAGUUUGUUGCCUCCAAAUCCCAACUUUACCGUUACACAAUCACCCGAUCGUGGCCAUAAUCGAAGAUCGUCUCAUUUCCGAACUGCAUCUCGUGGUAGUGGAAACAACAAUACAGAUGGGAUAAACUCCAACUGGAGAGCUCAACAACAAUCUCCACAACAACAGCAAAGACUGGGUGGUUUAUUGGAACCCCCUCAAGUUGGGUUCACCCCUGGCCAUAAACCACGAAAUAGCUCAUAUGGUGGUGGAUCUUCUGUGUCCUCAUUACAACAAUUUCUUCCAAACAAUGGUGGAUCAAAUAAUUCCAGUCAACAAGGUGGCCAUCAAGGAGGAGGAAACAACGGAAGAAAAACUCUUUUUGCUCCUUACUUGCCCCAAUCGUCUUUACCUGAAUUAAUCAAUGAAGGACGCUUGGUUACUGGUACUUUGAGAGUUAACAAAAAGAAUAGAUCCGAUGCAUAUGUUUCCACUGACGGUUUGCUAGAUGCCGACAUUUUUAUUUGUGGCUCAAAAGAUCGUAAUCGUGCUUUGGAAGGUGAUUUGGUUGCAGUUGAAUUGUUGAUAGUCGAUGAAGUAUGGGAGUCUAAGAAGGAAAAAGAAGAAAAGAAAAGAAGAAAGGACAACACUUUGAAUUCGAGACCUUUAACAGAUGAUAUACACAAUGACGCAACUUCUGCACCAAACACAGCUGAAGGUUCAGUAACUGGCACUUCAAAAGAAGAUGGUGCCGGUUCUAAUGAAGAGGAAACUGGAGGACUUGCCAGAAGAGGUUCCUUGAAACAAAGACCAACCAUGAAGAAAAAUGAUGAUGUUGAAGUGGAAGGUCAAUCAUUGUUGUUGGUUGAAGAAGAGGAGAUUAACGAUGAAAUUAAACCUCUUUAUGCUGGUCAUGUUGUAGCUGUUGUUGACAGAAUUCCUGGUCAGUUGUUUGCUGGUACUUUGGGUCUUUUAAGACCAGCUCAAGCAGCUCAAGCAGCCAGAGACAAGAAAAAUGGCAAAGAAUCUACCGUUCAAAACCCCAAAGCACCAAAAAUUGUUUGGUUCAAACCUACUGAUAAAAAAGUGCCUUUGAUUGCAAUUCCAACUGAACAGGCACCAAAGGAUUUUGUUGAAAACCACGAAAAGUAUGCUGAUCGAUUAUUUGUUGCUUCCAUCAAGAGAUGGCCAAUUACUUCCUUACAUCCUUUUGGUACGUUGGUAAGCAAUUUAGGACCAAUUGACUCCCCUGAAACUGAAAUCGAUUCAAUUUUGAGGGACAAUAACUUUUUAUGUGACGAAUAUCCUGAUGAUGAUGAUGAGAACGACAUUGUGUCUGUUAAUGCCUACGAUUUACCUCCGAUUGAACCCGAGUUUGAGGGCGCACAAAGAGAGGAAUACUUGAAUGAUUAUAUAAUUGCAUUCACUCAGAAUGGCGAGUUUGUUGACCAUGCCUUGCACGUUAAAAGAAUCUCCAAUACCAAAAUUGAAUUGGGAUUCCAUGCUGCCGAUAUUGCAUAUUUUAUUAAACCAGGUUCGUCAUUGGAUCGCAAAUCGAAGAAGAGAUCAUCUUCUGUUUUCCUUCCUCAAAAAACAGUAAAUUUGUUCCCCAAGCAAGUCAACAAAAUGGUAUCUUUCAAAGAAAAUGAGAAAAACUUGGCUGUAUCGGUUGUUUUUGAAAUUGAUACUAGUAAUUUUGAAGUCGAAGACUUGUACAUCCAUGAAUCUGUAAUUGUUCCUAAACAAUUGGUUACUUAUGAUGCAUUUGACACCAUUUUACUGGGCCAAUCAGUUGAUAGCAUUUCUUCAGCAACUUCAGAUUAUGUGAAAACUUUUAGCUUGAUUGCAAAAGAGUUCCGUCGUCACCGUUUAUCGAACCGUUCACUCGGAAUCACCCCUAACUUGACAUUGUUAGACCAAUUGGAUGACGAAAAAGUUCGGUUAGAUUUGAACAUAUUCAAGGAUUCCUUAGCAUUUGAUGUAAUUUCAGAAAUAUCACACAAAGUGAAUUCUGCUAUUGCUGCAAAAGUACAUGCUGGAUUAGGUGAUCAAGCAAUUUUGCGUCGUCACCCAUUACCUACAUUACAGAAAAUGGAAACAUUUGUUAGGAAGGCAACAAGCUUAGGAUUCAAGAUUGAUACUACAACUUCGUCUACUUUGCAAAAUUCUAUCUUGAAAAUUGAUGAUCCAGUUAAAAGAAAAUGUGUUGAAACUUUGCUUUAUAAAUGCAUGUCGAGGGGUAAAUAUUACGUUGCAGGAAAGCAGGAUGCUGAUAGUUACGCACACUAUUAUUUUAACUUACCUUUGUACACACAUUUCACAGCACCAUUGAGACGUUAUGCUGAUUUAAUUGUUCAUAGACAGUUAAAAGCCGUCUUGAACAAACAAGUUGAAGACAAAGACUUGGACUCAUUGAAGGCAAUUACAGAUUAUUGUAACUUUAAGAAAGAUUGUGCUGCUAGUGCCCAAGAGCAAGCUAUACACUUGUUGUUAUCCCAGACAAUCAAUGAAAUGAGUGAAACCGCUGGCCAGUUGUUGUGCAUGGGAACAGUAGUCCAAGUGUACGAAUCAUCAUUUGAUGUGUUUAUUCCAGAGUUUGGCGUGGAAAAAAGAGUCCAUGGUGACCAGUUGCCUUUGGUCAAGGCAGAAUUUGACAAAGGUGAAAGAAUUUUGGAGCUUUGGUGGGAAAAGGGUGUUGACUCUGCUACGUACAUCCCACCAGAUGAAAAGUCAUCUUUGUCGUACAGAAACUCUAUCAAAAAUAAGUACAGAACAUCUGCUUUACAAGCAGCCAAGAUUCAAAGCAAAACAGCUUUGGAAAAGUCUACCACUCCAGCAGAUUCAGUUGCUGAGAAGUUAUCUAAAUUGAAUUUGGAACCUCCCAAGUUAACAGUGCCAUCCUUGAAAGGUAAUGAGUUAAAUGCAGUGGAAAAAGAUGAAACAAGAUCUAUGCCUUCAUCGCCAACUCAAGCCGAGAUUCCUAAGAAUAUCAGAACCAAUUCUUCAUCUAGGAUUUCUGCUAGUGGUAAUACUUUUAGCUUGGAACCUUAUUUGCAAAAUACCAUCACCAGAGUUGAGGGUGAUUCAUACAUCCAGGUGAUUAAGGAAUUGACACAAGUUCCUGUUUUAUUGAGGGCUGAAAUUGGUAUGGCUUUGCCAUGUUUGACAGUAAGAGUUUUAAAUCCAUUUGCUGAAGAACGUUAA